AAAGAACACAACCCUAAAUUUCAUUUCAGAGUUUCUGGGUGUAGAUUGGAACCUGAGGUUAUUGACCCAAAAGAAAAAUCAGGAUUGGAACCUAAGGUUAAGAAGAUAAGCCAUCACUCAAGAGACAGAACUACAAGACAACCAGAUCUAAUCUCUCUCUCUCUCUCUCUCUCUCUCUCUGUAGGGUUUUCCAACUGAGUGAGUAUCCACCUUUCUCUUGUGUUUCACAAAUUUGGUUACAGUUUGGUACUGACCUAGAAAAGGAGGAUCAGUUUGUACCAAAGAGAGAGAGAAGAACAAGAAAGGGAAAGAAAAUAUUGUCAAGAUCAAAACUUUUGGAGAUUAGAUACACAAAAUAAUAUUUUUGGUAAUUAAGGACAUGGGGAGAGGAAGAGUGGAGCUGAAGAGGAUAGAGAACAAGAUAAACAGGCAAGUCACAUUUGCAAAGAGAAGAAAUGGGCUUCUGAAGAAAGCUUAUGAGCUCUCCGUUCUCUGUGAUGCUGAGGUUGCUCUCAUCAUCUUCUCCAACCGUGGCAAGCUCUAUGAGUUUUGCAGCAGCUCUAGCAUUCUCAAAACACUAGACAGGUACCAAAAAUGCAGUUAUGGUGCAGUGGAUCAAGUUAACAGACCUGCAAAGGAACUUGAGCAGAGCAGCUAUCGUGAGUACAUGAAACUCAAAGGUAGAUAUGAGUCCCUACAACGAACUCAGAGAAACCUUCUUGGUGAGGACUUGGGUCCAUUAAACACAAAGGAGCUUGAGCAGCUUGAGCGUCAACUUGAGGGCUCCUUGAAGCAAGUUAGGUCCACUAAGACCCAGUAUAUGCUGGACCAACUUUCUGACCUUCAGAACAAGGAACAACUGUUAAUAGAAGCCAACAGGGAUUUGACAAUGAAGUUGGAUGAAAUUAGUUCAAGAAAUCAACUUAGACAGUCAUGGGAAGGUGGUGACCAGGGUAUGGCAUAUGCAACCCAGCAUCACCAUGCUCAAUCCCAAGGAUUCUUCCAGCCUUUAGAUUGCAAUCCCACUUUGCAAAUGGGGUACUCUGCAGCGGGGUCAGAGCAGAUGAGUGCUACAACUAAUGGCCAGCAAGUGAACUGUUUCAUCCCUGGAUGGAUGCUUUGAGAUUGUGCUGAUGAAUCUGAUCAGUGCCUCUAAUCACUCAUAAGAAUGCGUGCCCAAGUUUAUGCUUUUUUUCCUGGCAAUAUAUAAUAUGCAUGUAACUUAUUUUCACAUAAAUUCAGCAGUGACUGAAUUUCAAGGGGACCUUUCAAAGGCCUAAAGUCCUUUUAACGUUAGUUACAGAGGGCUUCGCAGAAAUUCACAAUAUUGAGAACUCAUUUCUUGCUUUGAGACUAUGGUUAUAAAAUGUUUUCCUCUUUUUCAAAA